CAACUCCGGGCCCCGGCCUUCCAGCUGGUUCACGUCUGGGGACAUAGGUCUUCGAUCCGUGAAAGUAGAAAAAUCAUCGCUCGACUGCCACCACUUGGAAAAUCCAACGUUAAAUGCAAUGAGUUUAUUCGGGAAUCCAGCUCCAGGAUCCGCGAGCUCUUUUAGGGGGUGUGAUGGCGCGGAUGGCACUCCUGGCCUCCGAACACUAGGAGGCGCUGUAAUCUCCGUGGGAGUCUCUUGGGAAGUGAGAGUUCACUGCGCAAGUGCGCUGGAGACCUUCCCCACCCACCCACCCUCCGUUCCCACGUGUGAAGUUUUCCGGCGAAGUUUUGGAGGAAAAUGCCCAAAUUCAAGGCGGCUCGCGGAGCUGCGGGUCAGGAAAAACAUGCGCCCCUGGCUGAGCAGAUCCUGAGUGGGGACGCGGUGCGAGCAGGAGCCCGGGAAAAGCGGCGCGGUCGUGGGACCGGAGACGAGGAGGAAGAGUAUGUGGGGCCCCGGCUGACCCGACGGAUUUUGCAGCAAGCACGGCAGCAGCAGGAGGAACUCGAGACCGAGCAUGGGACUAGGGGCAAACCCUCAGCGCCACGCGAGCGUACCACGCGGCUCGGUCCAGGAGUCCCACAGGAUGGAUCAGAUGAUGAGGACGAGGAGUGGCCCACCCUGGAGAAGGCUGCCACAAUGACAGGGUCAGGCCAUCAUGCAGAGGUGGUCGUGGACCCUGAGGAUGAACGUGCCAUUGAGAUGUUCAUGAACAAGAACCCUCCUGCCAGGCGUACCCUGGCUGACAUCAUCAUGGAGAAGCUGACUGAGAAGCAGACGGAAGUUGAGAUGGUUAUGUCAGAGGUGUCAGGCUUUCCCUUGCAUCAGCUGGACCCCCGGGUUCUGGAGGUCUACAGGGGAGUCCGGGAGGUGUUAUCCACAUACCGGAGUGGGAAGCUGCCCAAGGCCUUCAAGAUCAUCCCUGCGCUCUCCAACUGGGAGCAGAUACUCUACGUGACGGAGCCCGAGGCCUGGACUGCAGCUGCCAUGUACCAGGCUACAAGGAUUUUCGCCUCUAACCUGAAGGAACGCAUGGCUCAGCGCUUCUACAACCUUGUCCUGCUCCCCCGGGUACGAGACGACAUCGCUGAAUACAAACGACUGAAUUUCCACCUCUAUAUGGCUCUCAAGAAGGCCCUGUUUAAGCCCGGAGCCUGGUUUAAAGGGAUCCUGAUCCCACUGUGCGAGUCCGGCACCUGUACCCUCCGGGAAGCCAUCAUUGUGGGUAGCAUCAUCACCAAAUGCUCCAUCCCUGUGUUGCACUCCAGUGCAGCCAUGCUGAAAAUCGCCGAGAUGGAAUACAGCGGUGCUAACAGCAUCUUCCUGCGACUGUUGCUGGAUAAGAAGUAUGCGCUGCCCUACCGCGUGCUGGACGCCCUGGUCUUCCACUUCCUGGGCUUCCGGACGGAUAAGCGCGAACUGCCUGUGCUCUGGCACCAGUGCCUCCUGACUUUUGUCCAGCGCUACAAGGCAGACCUAGCCACGGAUCAGAAGGAGGCCCUCUUGGAACUGCUCCGACUACAGCCCCAUCCACAGCUGUCCCCUGAGAUUCGGCGUGAGCUUCAGAGCGCGGUCCCCCGAGAUGUGGAAGACAUGCCUGUCACCAUGGAGUGAGGAAAGUGACUUGCCCUGGUCUGAGGAGACAUGAGGGGAUACCAGGAUUCCCUGUUGGUGACACACAGCUUUUAACAGCUGAACUCGGGACAGGUCAGGACAGUGAGUGGUCACAGGCAGCUGUGACUCCCAGUGGCUGACAGGGAGGACUGGAGGGUCAGGCUGGCUCCUUCUUCCAUUCUAGGUCUUCGUCCCUACUCAGUUCUGAGGCCUGACUGGAGGUGCCCCAUGCCAGCAUUCCCACUCCCUGGCCAGGGCUUGGAAUAGGUUCUUUACGUGGGCUGUUGUGGCUCAUCACUGGGCCAUAUAGAUAAAAACCAAAGGCAGGUAUUUAUUGAACUUCUGUGUUUUGAUGUGAUCAGUAGAAAUCUUUGUUUUCCCUCUUCAGCUGGCGGGAAACUCUUCCCUUUUUGUGUUCAGAGCAGAUUCUUAACAGUUGAUACCCUUCUCUGCCGCCUCAUUCUGUGAGUCUGUGUCUCCAGUUAGAGCCUUCACAAAGUCAGAAGCUACUUUGGGGGAAUGCCAGCAACCAGGAAGGAGGAUGUUUCAAAAGAUGGUCCUGUCUCAGCUGCAGGUGGACUGCUGCAGGAGAAAGUCUCGAGAGAAAACUGCAGCCACGGAGAAUAAGGUCAGGCCCUGGAAUGCGUCAGUUUGGAGUCACCGCCAGCCAGGUUCCCUAACUUUAUUGGCUACUUAAAGCUUCAGACCAGAUGUUGGCAGAGUAGAGUUGUAAGUAGAUUUUCCUGCAGCCCAUGAGCUAAUCGUGAUUUUUACAUCUUUUAGGUGGGAAAAAAAACGUGAGUAUUUUGUGAUAGGUGAAAAUUAUAUGAAAUUCCGAUUUCAGUGUCCCUAAGUAAAGUUGUGUUGGGACACAGCUGUGCCUAUCCAUUUGUUUUUUAUGGGUGCUUUGAUGCUACAGCAGCAGAGCUGAAUAGGGUUGGACCUCGAAGAGUACAUGGGGUUGGGGCGCCAACCCCCUCAUAUAGCCAGAAAUCUGCGUAUAAAACUUUUGACUCCCCAGACAUGAGCACCAAUAGCCUCCUAUGACUGGAAGCCUUACCAAUAACCAGUCAAUUCACACGUUUUGUAGGUUAUGUAUCAUACCUACAGCAUUCCUACAAUAAAAUAAGCCGGAGAAAAGGAGAUGUAAAGGAAAUCAUGAGAGAACACAUUCACAGUCCCAUACUAUUUAUCAAUAGUGUUAAGUGAAUACAUCUAUUUAGAAAAAUCUGCAUAUGUAAGUGGACCUGCCUGGUUCCAUCCCAUAUUCAAGGGCCAGCUGUACAGUCCUUCUAGAACUUUUUUUUUAAGAUUUUAUUUGACAGAGAUCACAAGCAGGCAGAGAGGCAGGCAGAGAGAGGGGAGGAAGCUGGCUCCCCACUGAGCAGAGAGCCCAAUGCAGGGCUCUAAUUCCAGGACCCCGGGAUCAUGACCUGAGCUGAAGGCAGAGGCUUUAACCCACUGAGCCAUCCAGGCGCCCCUAGAACCCUUCUUGUUUGCUUUUGGUGACUUUCUUCCAACCUAGUUCAUGUAUUUGAAGAGAAACUGAUCAUGAAUUUUGUAUUUAUCUGCAUUUGCAUCUUUGAGAAACACUACCAACUGCCCAGGCCCCUGACACCAGACCUGCCUCCCUUUACCUCAUUUGGGGAACCACACACACACACACACACUUCAGGUCUUUUUCAAGAGAAAGGGCUGUAUUACAGUAUAUAGGUUUCUUAACCAUUUAAAGCAAAAACUAUGCCAUCUACUUCAUUUCCUUCCUAAAAAUGUGUCACUGAGUUACUGAAUAUUGUGCCUCAAGCCUGUU